ACCCCUCCACACCACCCCUAAGAAACCAACAAGCACACACAGGAGAAAAACAGAGAGAACAGAGCAGGAAACUCAUCAGGUGCAAGUGCAACUCCUCUGCUCUGCUACGCCGUGCUCACAGACACCAACACACACCAUGAGGCCCGGAGCUGAGUUUGUCACCAUGAGCCACCGCGCGGGGGCGCCGACGGUGGCGCCGGCGCACGGGCUGAUCAACGGGACGACGCCGCACUCGCCGUGGCAGUCACCUGUGCCGUACCUCUUCGGCGGGCUGGCCGCGAUGCUGGGGCUCAUCGCCUUUGCGCUGCUCAUCCUGGCGUGCUCCUACUGGAAGCUCUCCGGGUACCUCGACGGCGACCGGGACGGCCAGGCGGCUGAGGGCGACGGGGAGAAGGCCGCGGCGUCGGGCGCAUCCAAGCCGGCCUUGGAUUUCCAGGAGCACGUCGUGGUCAUCAUGGCCGGCGACGAGCGGCCCACGUUCCUCGCCAAGCCGGCCACCAGCCGGGCAAACGAGGUUGAGCUCGCGGCCGCGGCCGCGGCGGCGGUAGCGAGCGCGAGCGCCGUCGAUGUACCGGAGAAGAAGGUGGACGAACUGGGCUGCGAGGUGAACUCGCAGCUCGGAGGCGACCCCGCCGACGCGGCGAGCGGGAGCAGCGGCCACCAAGACGCGGCGAGCCAGAGCCGUGAUCACCACCACCAUGACCAUGAGAGCAGCAGCACGACGGCGCUCCAAGAAAGCUUGCAAUGAAGACUGAAGACAAUGAGAUGAUAAAUAAACCAUCUGAUUGUGCGCGGCCUCGCUGGGAACAGAUCAAAUUCGUGGAUGUCGUUACUCCAUCAAAUUCCACGGCUGCAGCAUGAAGUCCUAGACCAGCGGCGGCAGCUCCACGAGCGACGGAGCGAGGACGCCCGCGCUACCCGGAUAGUCGCGGGCCACCACGCGUCGUGGGCGGAGGCCUAGCGUGGGUCACUGGCUCCCAGGCCCAGGCCGGCAAGUUUCAGGAAUCAGGACCGCCCCGACGGGCUCGACCACAAGGAUGAGGACCGCGGCGAGCUGCUCUCCGCGCUCCUCACCGGCACGAGCGCCGACAAGGAGGAAACAGAAGAAGCUGGCCCGUCAGAGGUAGCGACGGUGGCCUCUCUGUUCGUCGCAGUGACACAGACGACAAUGGUCGGAUCGUGUGAGGGCUAGUCAUGCCGUCCGCCGCGGCAUCCACUGGCCAUUAUUGGCGGGGAAGUGGCCUUCCGACGACCGUGACAAGAUGACCAACAGGCCACCGUGGCUAUGCCCAAUGGACAUUUAGUGCUGUAACACGGUUUUUUUAGGUAUUGGACGUGUUUGCUAUUUGCAUCGUGCAGAGGCCGGGCAUUCCUUCACUGUGGUUGUAUCACCUCGAUAUAUCAGUUGAGUGAAAUGUCAUUUAUCGAAAAAAUCUGCAAGCAUGAUGGCGGUGCUCGUCUGAAGUAUCGUGGGCGCUCGCUGGCGGCAUACAUGGAUUUUUUGUCUGGUGCAAGGGCAGCGACUAUCGCAGGAGGAGGUUUGUGGUGCACUAGAUAUUCCCCGUCAGCAUCUAGCUUCAAGGUAGUGGCUCUCACAGUGUGGUGUGGAUGUUACAGUGUGACUAACGCCGUUGUUGAGUGACAGUGGCCAAUUCCAUGCCAAGACAAGGGCGUCCCGUAACGGCCGUGGUGGUGAUCCAAAGUGAGAAGAUCUCACAGAUGUAUUAGUGCCUUUAUGUCCUCGAGUGGAGUACGGAUGCUAUUAUCGAAUGAUCCAUUGCCAUCAAGUUGCUGAUUGAACACCGCUUAAUGUUCAGAGUUAAAA